UGCGCAUGUGCUGUAUAAAAUCCUCGACCAAUUGCUGUCAUGUGACAACUCCAUGCUAUAAAAGGGUCUGUUCUUUCGCAUGUGAGUUUGUCGUUAACUACCGUGAGGUCAUUUCAGACGACUGUCGGAAUUAUCACUUAACAGCUUCAAACGACAUGGACGAAACGGACGCUAACUUGCCUACAUCAAGGUGUAUUUCGGAAGAUUUAAGAAAACCUGAGUACUUGAAAAGCAUGACAAUGGAACCUACUUCACCUAUGGACAUGAUGAAAGCAGAAUUUGGUGGAUACCAUGGUGGAGUAACAAACCUUAAAAGAAUAGAGGCCGGUGGGUUGUGUCAUGGACAGGCAACAGUCAUGAUGGCCGCCGUGGCCGUUGGGUUGUGUCAUGGACUGGCAGGAGGCGUGAUGGCCACCGCGGAACACGCCGAUAAGAAACGGCAGGAAUAUCUAUGGACAGUGUACACACAGCUAUUAGAGCGAAUAAGGGAAUGCAUGCAAAAUUUCGAAGCUGAGACAACUCUAGAGAGGCAAGUAGAAAUAUCGACCGAUUUGAGGGAUCUAGACAGCACACAGAUACCAUUUGCAAGCGUCAUAUCACUUUGCAGCGUUCUACUGACGGUAACGUUGAUAUUCAGCCUUGAGGAUCGCAUUAAACAUGGCGGCAGUGACUGCCACCGCAUUGGACUCUUCAAUAUGUCAAAUUAUAUGUUUUAUUGUUGGGAAGUUGCAAUGUAAUGCAACUUCCGAUAACGGGGAUAAUAAAAUAGGAUGUAAAGCCACAAAAAUAGACUGGAAGGUGCGACCAACGUUUUGGCCUAAAGACAUUUGUUUUGUCAAUCCGAACACUAAUCUGACAACUCCAGAAAAAUGGUCAAUGUUUUUUGCAGCUUUAUCAUGUCUUCUCAGAAAGGACAUAUACAAACUUCUAUCAAAAAGUGAAAAAUUUGUUUUGUGUGUCGAAAUGAUGGCAUUAGAAAGCAGUAACUCAGACAUCAUAAACCAAUGUCAUGCCCUACGUUUACUCAUGAAACAAGAUCUUGGCUGUUUGAAAAUUCCUUGGGUAAAGGAAAUAUUUUUACAUGGACUGCGUUCUUUUGGAUUGCCUCUAGCGGAAACGUUCACUGGUCUGGAAUGUACCCGAUUCCUUAGUUUAUACGACGAACUGGAACAGGUAUG